GCGGAGGGGUCGCAGGCGGAGGGGUGAGCGGGGAGUGAGUGGGUGGGUGGAGGAGCAGUGCAGAGAGGAGGAGUGCAGGGCGAGCGGGGAGUGCAGGGGUGGUGGGGGCGCAGGGGGAGUGAGGAGUGCAUCGGGCAGUGUGAGCCACCCGCUCUGGGCAGAGGUGCACAGGGCAGGGUUGUACGGGGACCGGGUACACGGACAGACAGUGAGCGACGGAACAGCGGUGCCCGGAGCAGGGUAAAGGUGCAUAGUACAAGUGGUACGCGGGCAGGGAGUGGGUAACACGGGGUCGGGCAGCGGUGCACAGGACAGUCGGACACAGGGCAAGGGGUUCAGUUGAAGCGGAUCGCACUGUGGACGUGAAGAUCAUGGAGAGCAGGAUAACGCCGGGACCGUAUCGAGCUACCAAGUUGUGGAAUGAAAUUAUUGAGCUUUUUCGAGCUGGAAUGCCUCUGAGAAGACAUCGCCUUCACUUCCGGACUCAUGAUCGCUGCUUUAUUGCUACUGAGGGGACUGAUUGGUUAAAUCGAUUACUUAGAAGUAAUCACAAUUUUGGACCUGAUGUUACUCGUUACCAGACUGUGCAGCUGCUGAAAAAAUUCUUAAAAAAUCAUGUGAUUGAAGAUAUAAAAGGAAGGUGGGGAAAAGAAGACUUUGAAGAUAAUAAUCGAUUGUACAGAUUUCCUCCAUCAUCCCCUCUUAAGCCAUAUCCAAAAAGGUCAUAUCAUUUCAAUUCCAAAUUUCAAAAUUGGAGCGAAUAUGAUGUUCCAAGGCCAGGUCAUAUCCUAGUAAGGCCUAUAAUUUUGAACUCUGAAUUGUGGCACAAGCGCCACAGCAUUGCAAUUGGGGAAGUUUCAGAAUGCAGAAUUGUACAUCGGGAAAAGGUUUCUCAAGGAACUGUUGAAGGAAUCUGGAAAUCAAUGUCGUUAGCACAUUUGCAGAAAAUCUUGGGGCUUACUUCUCUGGAAGGAGUGCUGGAUCCUAAACAAGUCAAUUCCAAAUAUAUCACCCAUAAUGUUCACCAUGUCAAUAAACAAGGAGUGGUAAUUUUAGACAAUAAAUUAGAAGAGCUUCCACAUUGGGUUCUGUCAGCCAUGAGGUGUUUGGCAAACUGGCCAAAUGGAAGUGAAUUAAAUCGACCAAUGUACCCAGGGUUUGAAAGAGAUGUGUUCAAAACGAUAGCAGACUACUUUCAAAAACCAUCGGAGCCUUUGUUGACAUUUGAGUUCUAUGAACUUUUUAUCAACACUUUAGGUCUUCUGCAGGAACAGCGAGUUGGUGUUGAAGCACUUCAGAUUUGUUGUCUUCUUUUGCCCCCGGAAAAUCGGAGAAGGCUUCAGCUGUUAAUGCGGAUGAUGGCUCGAAUUGCGCUUAAUGUUGAAAUGCCUCAUCUUCAUGAAGCUAUUGCCAGCAGAACAUUGAUGAUUCAAACCUUUUCUCGCUGUAUCCUGCGCUCAGAGGAUGAAGUGGAUCUUGAUGAACUAUUUGCUACAAGACUCGUCAGUUUCAUGAUGGAUCAUUAUGAAGAGGUAUUGGGAGUUCCAGACCAUCUACAAAGUGCAGUGGAAGAACAUUUGGCUCACCUCCGAAGAGUUCAGAUUAAGUAUGCUGAUGCUGAUGCUUCACUGGCCUCCCGCACUAUUUGUCAGAAGAUUAGUUCUGAAGAAUUUAAAGAACCUUGGAGAAAUCCUCAAGCUGCUUUAACAGCACAACUGGAAGAAAUAAUAAUGUGUAAAGACAUGUCUGUUAAAGAGAAGAAGAAGAAAUUAAAACAGUUUCAGAAGGCCUACCCUGAAGUUUAUAGAAAUCGUUUUCCAACAACUGAGAGUGAAUCAGUGCUGUUCCCUGAAAAAUCAAAGCUGAAAACUCAACUUAUGUUCUUCACAAUGAGGAAAUCAUUCCAGCCAUUUCAUAGAACCAGGAGUUUCCGAAUGUAAAAUCACUUAGCUGACUGGUGCUAUUGCGAUCGUGAGGAUUUUUUGGUUAAUAUCCUCAGUUUUCUCUGGAAUUUGGACAUUGGUGCUAAGAAUAUUUUUGUAUAGCCUCUCUUAGAAUUCUCUAGAUAUUGUUGUAAUGGAUAACUGAUUCUAAAAUUUAGGAGAUAUUUACUCUGUAUACAUUUCCAGUGAAUGAAUUUAUAAGGUUUUGUUUUGAUAAUUGAGUGUUCGUGUUGGACACAAAGUAUUAUUUAAGAGUUGUGUGCAUUUUGUUGUUGAUAUUAAACAAUAGUGGCACAUUUGUGGUCAUUUUUUUCAGUGUUAAUUUUUAUGUUUGCUUAUUUGGAAGAUGACUAAUCUCCUUAGCUGCAGAGUAGCAAGUAUUUUGAGCACAGGUUUAGCAACUUCGAGGCUCUGUUCAAAUACCACUAAACUGAAUUGUGAAAUAUAAUUUGAAAAUGUGGUUACGUGGUCUGGUAUCAGAAUAUUUAUACAAACUUUUAUCGUCAUUUCUUAAACAUAACUUUUCACAAACAACUUGAAGAGAUUCUUGUUUCUUUGUGGUUCCAGUUUCCUGGAGGUUAGGUAGUUGACUUUUAAUAUGUGCAGCGAAGGAUGGCAAUAAAUGUUGCCUUGCUAGCAAUGCACAGAUUCAAAAAUAUGAUUAAUUAAAGCAAAUUUAUUUUGCAAUAUUUGAUAAAAUUGAUAAACAUUUACUGUGUAGAUUCAAGGCACUGAUUGUAAUUGUUACUUAGGCAGUAGCCAUUACUGGCAUUAUUUCAGUUAACUUAGUUCUGCUGAAAAUCGAUUGAUUUGAAUGGUUUACUUAUUCCUCCAGUCACACUAUAGAUUUAAGGUCCUUUUCAUCCCGCUGGUAAGGAAAUUCAUUGCCAAUCCACAAGCUAUCUUUCUUUUGAGCUAUCAAUAGUAAAGGAUUAUAUCUGCACCUGCACCUAAUCUGUCAAAAAGCAAACUAACUGAGUACUGGAAAUCUGAACUAAAGACAAAAUGUUGGUAGUAAUACAUUAUAUACAAUAUUUUAAUGAAUCUUUUGGGUUCAAUGCUUAUCACGAACAAUUCUUCAAUCCAAUAAAAAGAAAAUUUAAUAAAAGACAAUUUCUAAUAGAAAUGUCCACCUCAGAUGCUCUAGAAAAUGCUGUGCUUUUUGGCGAUGAUUUAUAUGAAAACCAUAGGAAACUGAACAGCCAAGUUUAAAAUGCUGCAAGCAAAAUCUGGCUAAAUAUAGUUCUUCCCCAUCCCAUUGUCAUAGGAAUCUGGAUGUCACAAUUUAUCAACCAGGUUAGGUAUGGUUUGGUCUUAGACUUGGAAAUAAAUGCAUAUGAGUGAAAGUUAAAAUGACUUCAGUAAAAAAAUGUGCUUCUGCAAUUACCAAAUAACGGUAAGCAGACUUUUAUUAAUUUUGCACAGUUGGUCGAAUUUAUUGUAUGAGAAUGAAUUUUCAUGGUUUGGCCUGAUUUGGUAAAUUGAAAGCCGCUGCUUAGAUCCUGCAUCUACUGUUACAAGUCUCAAUCACUGAAUAUAUUUUAAAUUGUUAUAUUCUUCUCUGUUACGCUUUGUUCAAAUGUUACAUCCGUGUUUUUAUUGUCUCUAUCAACCUGAAGGUGUACUCUAGAUUCAUUUUUCUCAAUUGCAAAUACUUUGGUUUUUUUCUUUGUACUGUUCUUUGGCCACAAGAUGGCAUAAUGUCUUGUUUCCAAACUUCCAGUGAUACUGCUGCUGCUGGUCAGCAUGAAAGUGUUCUGCUUUAAGCAAGAUGCUUUUUUUAAAUAAAAUCUUUCUGACAGGAAUGUGUUUUCUUCAGAAUUUGUGAAUUUACUUAUUUUUGACCAUUUGAUAUAAGAAUAACAAAAUAAUCUGUAAACGUUAACAGACAAUGCAUAGUUAAAUAAUGCAAUGCAAAAUAGUGUACAUAACUAAUGUUGCGUUUCUGAUUUUAAAACAAAAGUAAACUUAUGUUACCUCCAA